GGGUCGGUGAGCACCUGACGAAGCACUUUCUGCUGUGAAAGAGACAGAAAGCGAGAAAGUGAAAACACUCUUCUUCCUGGUGAGCUGCGGUGCAACAGGGAGCGCUGUUUUAUUGCGCAGCUUUGCGGCGUUUUACGACCAGAUUUGUCAUCACAACUGCAGAAGAAAUGUCUCUCCGCUACCACAACAAAGUUGCUAUUGUCACUGGAGGAUCCAAAGGGAUCGGCAGAGGGAUUGUCAGAGUGUUUGUGGAAAAUGGUGCCAAAGUGGUGUUUUGUGCAAGAGGAGGUGCAGCAGGUGGAGCUCUGGAAGAGGAGCUGAACAGAACAGGACCAGGCUCAUGUAAAUUCAUCUCAUGUGACAUCUCCAAGGAAGAAGACAUCAAGCGACUCAUCGCAGCCACGGUGGAGCUUCACGGACACAUCGACUGCCUGGUCAACAACGCAGGCUGGCACCCUCCUCAUAAACCGACUGACGACACCACAGCAGAGGAGUUCAGAGACCUGCUCAAUCUGAACCUCGUCAGCUACUUCUUGGCCUCGAAACACGCGCUACCGUCUCUACGGCAGCGUCAGGGGAACAUCAUCAACGUGUCCAGUCUGGUGGGAACCAUCGGUCAGAAAGACGCCGCUCCGUAUGUCGCCACCAAGGGGGCGAUAAUCUCCAUGACGAAGGCGAUGGCUGUGGAUGAGAGUCGCUACAACGUGAGAGUCAACUGCAUCUCUCCCGGUAACGUGCUGACGCCUCUGUGGGAAGAAUUAGCAGGACAGACGCCAGAUGCUGCAGCAGCCAUUAAAAUGGGAGAAAACGCUCAGGCACUCCAUGGACGACUUGUUCAGGCCCUUCCUUUCUCAUUUGGCUCCCUGCGGUUCGCCAGCUCCUUCAAGGCAGCAGAUCUGACCAUCGAACGCAACCCGGCAUGCAAACCGAAGCCCGAGCCGUCCAGCUUGGUGUUCGGCAAACAGUUCUCUGACCACAUGUUGACCAUCAACUGGUCGGACAAGGACGGCUGGGAGGCUCCUCAGAUCAAACCUUUCCAGAACCUGUCGCUGCACCCGGCCUCCUCUGCGCUGCACUACUCCAUAGAGCUGUUUGAGGGCAUGAAGGCAUUCCGUGGAGUCGACAACCACAUCCGUCUGUUCAGGCCAAUGCUGAACAUGGAAAGGAUGCAUCGCAGCGCUGACAGAAGCUGUCUCCCUCUCUUUGAUAAAGCCGAGCUGCUGGAGUGCAUCAGGAAGCUGGUGGAGGUGGACCAGGAGUGGGUCCCCUACUCUCAGGACGCCAGCCUCUACAUCAGGCCCACCUUCAUAGGAAUCGAGCCGUCUCUCGGCGUCUCUCGGGCAGGAAAAGCCAUGAUCUUUGUCAUCGUCGGCCCAGUGGGACCUUACUUCGCCACAGGAUCCUUCAACCCAGUUUCCCUGCUGGCAGAUCCAGCGUUUGUCAGAGCGUGGCAGGGAGGAGUCGGUGCCUACAAGAUGGGAGGGAAUUACGGUCCUACAAUAGCGGUGCAGAACGAGGCGGUGAAGCGAGGCUGCCAGCAGGUUUUGUGGCUGUACGGAGAGAAGGAGGAGAUCACUGAGGUCGGCACCAUGAACCUCUUCAUCUACUGGACCAAUGAAAAAGGAGAGAGGGAGCUGGUGACGCCUCCUCUGGACGGCAUCAUUCUCCCAGGAGUCACCAGACAGUCUCUGCUGGACCUGGCCAGAGGAUGGGGGGAGUUCAAGGUGACGGAGCGCAACAUGGUCAUGAAGGAGCUGCUCAGUGCUCUGGAUGCUGGAAGAGUCCUGGAGGUGUUUGGAGCAGGGACGGCCUGCGUCGUCUGUCCCGUCGGCAGCCUCCUCUACAAAGGAAAGACGUACCAGAUCCCCACCAUGCAGAACGGUCCGGACCUGGCAAAGAGGUUCCACAAAGAGCUUACUGAUAUUCAGUAUGGACAAAAACCCAGCGACUGGGCACCACUGGUUGUUUAAGCAGCCAUUUUGCACUUGCCGGUUGUAUCAACAGUUAGUCCCACAAUUCCAGUUUGAUGACCAGCAGCCCCCACUGCCCCCCCACCUCAGCCCACUAAUACACUCCUGCUUAUUACUCACCAGCCCGAGGAGACGGACGCUUCUCUCCCGUCGGUCGUCUCGGGCGGCUUCAACAAGACUCCUUUCUCUGCAGACUGUCAUAGGAAAACAUAGUAGUUGGUGGUUUGAAUGUAACAGCUUACAUUGGAAAGCAGUAUUUACUAUAUGCAACGACACAAGCCUGAGGAGGAAAGAAAAAAUCUGUUACUGGAGGGAAAAGUUAAGCGAGCAACCAGAUGAUGAAAGUAGAUCCUGGUAUCUACCACACCAGCAUCUGACUGCUUCAUGAGAGCAGGGCUCAUGUUUAACAGCACAAACGUUCAUUUUCAUCGCAUUCUGCCAUUAACAAAACAGGCACAAACUGACAUAUUUCAGGUGUAGCAGGUGAGAUAUUUACUAAAGUAAAGCAGCUACAUAUUCGAUGUGUAGGUGUUUGAUAUCAGCGUCUUGGCCUUCUGUAAAGUACUGUUUCUCAUCAUUAAACGCAUUACAAUGUAUGUAUCAAUAAGAAACGUUAACUAUAUCUGGUACUACUUGCAACAACCUGUGGUGUCUUCUCCUAAACGUCUAACUGUUAAGUAGUUUAAAUAGGAACCAGACCUGUGAGGAUUUUGUUACUGUCGUGUACAUAUAAAGCUCCGAGCGAGAACUGCUGCAGUUUUAGGGCCACGUCACUUUGACACCAGAGUUUGCACUGACCUCGGUAAACGUCAGGUAUGUAUCCGAGCGUGAAUCGGCUUUUUAAAGAGAGGAAACACGGGUGGGUUUUUAUGUUUGUUGGUUUUAUUUGUUCGAAUGCGACUGUACAAAGAGUGAGGUUACAAAAAAAGUCGAACUAAACAUCGGCACGCACAAAUGGUAGGACGGCAGGAAGCCUACACGCUGUGGAAGAGAACGACUGUUAGAGGCUGGCACUAGUUUUUGUGUUAUCGUAACAACAAUGUAUAGUAACAAAUAUACUGUGCUGUUAUUUUAGAGGCUUUUAAAUUAUUAUUUCUUCCUUGUCUUGAUGUGAAAUUUGGCCAACUGUCUUCCAAAGCCCUCUCACAGUAUCACCUGUGUUUUGCUGUCUUUUCUUUGCUGUUUUCUUUUUUCCACUUUGAAUGUAUUUGUACACAUACUUUCCAUCUCCUCUGUCUAAGUGCCUGACCUGUCCGUUAGUUUGUUCUUCUGUGGAUCUACAGCUGCUGAUAUAUUUUUUUUUCUAGUUUGUGCACUAGGGGAUAUAGCUGGAUACUUCAAGCAAUACCAGUGUAGUUGUUUUUUUUUUUUUUAAUGUGCUGUUACUUUUACUCGGUUGUUAAGUUUUUACAAUAAACUUGAUUUGAGUUUAGUGA